CUCUCUUUCAUAAAAAGGCAAGAGGAGCUAAGUACCAAACUUUUUCCCCUCAAGGUUUCCUCUCAAAUUCCCAACUUGGCCUCUGUUUCUUGCUUUCUUAUGUUUGCUCCUCUUCUUCUCCUCAUCAAAAACCCAUUUCUUAGUUCCAAAUUACUUCUCUCCCAAAGACGACCAAGAACUCAAAAUGUAUCAAGAUUCUGGUUUAAUGCUCCGUUACAUGCAAAAUUGUUCCACAGAUAUUCAACAAUUCGAAGACCUCUUCAAAUCUUACAAACUCUCCGAUGAUAUGAACAACACUUUUGUUGAGUCAUCAAACAUAUCUGACUAUGAUAUUGGAGAAGAAGGUGAUCUUUUCAAAGCUCCUGAUCCAAUUCUUGAAGAGCCACUCUUAGCGGUUGAUCCACUCUCUGCUGCUUUGACUAUGAUCUCUUGCGGUGAAGACACUUCACAAGGGCUUUGUGAGCUUCCUGAUCUUGAUCUUGGUUCUUUGGAGAGUGGUCAACAGCUUCUUGACAAAGCUUUUUAUGAAUGUGAGCAAGAUCUCUUGAUGAAAUCAGCUAUGGAGUCUCCUUUCUCUGAUGUUUUAGACAUCAAGAACAUCUCUGUGGUGACGAAUAUCGAUGAGAACCAGGAUUUGCAGAAGAGCGUUAGCUCCGGGAAUUUGAGCUCUAUGGACUGGUCACAUGCACAGCAAGAGACUGUAAUGAUUCAGAACUUCCCUGAUUUCGAUUUUGGUUAUGGGAUGCGAAGAGCCUUUAGUGAAGGCGACAUACAGAAACUGGGGACAGGUCUUGUUCAAUCUCCACUGGAUAGGAUUAUUGUGAACUGUACAUCAGAGGAUCGCCGUGAGAAGCUUUCUCGAUACAGGAACAAGAAGAGCAGGCGCAAUUUCGGGCGUAAAAUCAAGUAUGCUUGCAGGAAAGCUCUUGCAGAUAGCCAACCGAGAGUCCGAGGAAGGUUUGCGAAAACAGAGGAAAGGAAAUAGAAUGGUUCAAGAAAAAAAGGGCUCAAAGAAAAGGUGGAGACAGAGCAGAAGGAAGAAACUUGUGGAAUAAAAGAGAUAAAGCUCAUCUCAUUAGAAACUAGUUUUGUUAAAUAUAUCUCUAUGUAUAAACUUUUAAAAUCUUUAUAAGCAUCCAAAUUAGUUUGUUGUAUGUGUAUAUAAAGGGGGUUUCUCUGAAUAAGCUUUAAGGAAAGAAAUUGUAGCUAAGAAAAAGUUAUGUAUUAUUGUGUAGUUAAAAGAAGUAAUGUACUGGUUGUGAGAGAUAUGUAGAUAUAAUCUAUUUAGAUCAUGUGAUAUAAAAAAAAAAGGUGUUUGAUGUGUC